UAUUUUUGCUUUACCUCUCUUCAAUUCAAAACCACAUCCUUCAAAUUUUAGCUGUCGGAUGCCAUCUUGCUUACUGGAUCCUCAACUCUUCAUCGUUUGAUCUUUAGAUUUCGCUUCUGGGUGGUGAGAAUUGCGGGUACAAGGCUCCAACCGGAUUGGCAGGCAUGGAUGAGCAAUUCGUACUUAGAGUUCCACCUUCCGUUGCUGAGCGCAUAAAUCUCCUUUUAAGUGAAAGUGCUUCAUCUUCCGAGGACAAAUCACUGGAUUUGGAGUUUUCUGAGGAUGGGCGGACUGGCACAUUUGUCAUUGGCAAUGAACGUUUUCCUGCAUCUCUCUUAGAUCUACCUUGUGUUGUUGAAUCAUACAAAACUUACGAUGACAGUGCAUUAGUUAAAACGGCUGAUAUCGGUCAAAUGAUUUUGGUCAGGGAUUCUGGAGAAGCUUCUCCAGAUGUGGUGGAAUACAGACAUGGUCUAACCCCUCCAAUGAGGGAUGCUCGGAAGCGAAGAUUCCGAAGGGAGCCUGAUCUAAAUCCGGAGCUGGUACAACGUGUUGAAAAAGAUUUGGUGAACAUCAUGUCUGGAGGGACAGUUGAAAAUCUUGAUGCUGAUGUCAAUGGGCAAGGUGAAGCCGGUGAUGAGAAUGCUCGUAACACGAAUAAGAAAGCUCCACCAGCAGCUGCCACAAAGCCCGAAGUUCCGGAUACAGGUGGCAAUGCCGGGGAGGCUGAUGGAUCCGAAUCGGAUGACUCAGAUGAUUCGAUGUGAAUUCAAUAGAUAAGCGAGAGGAAUUACUUACUGUUAUUGUCGGUAGAUCAUUUGUUUUGGUAUUGAAUUCUCAAGCUUGGGCGGUGGCAUGCAUUUUC